GCUAGCUGCAGGAGCCGAGGUCGACCUUGAAAAUAACAAUGGAUACACCGCCCUGUCCAUCUCCAUCACGCGGAACCAGCCUGAAGCCGCCAAGAUCCUGCUGGCCUUUGGGGCGGACAUCAACCAGCGGGCGAAGGACGGUGACUCCGUGCUCAUGGAAGCCGUGAACUUGGGUCGAGAGGCCAUGGUGGAGGUCCUGCUACAGCACUGUCCGGAUAUGAGUGUUGAGAACAUUAACCGAAAGACUGUGUUCACUCUAGCUCGCCAAAGAUUCAGUUCUCAAAUCAAGGAUAUGAUCCAAGCCCACGAGUCCACCACGUGUCUUGCCGAUGGGCGGGCUUACGUCCUGGGAAGCAUAAAGUAUGACAGCUGCCGUCAACAACAGUGCUGUAACAGUGUCUGGAGGAAUACUGGCCCGGCCCUGGAAUCGUGUGGUAAUCCGUGCAACACGCCAGGGACUCGCCUCGGCACCUGCGUGUUGGUGGGCGAGUGCGUGAGGCUCGAGCAGGUGUUCCUCGUGACCAACGCCGCCGGAGAUGUGGGCAGGACCACCAAGUUCCUCGUCGACCACCGGUGUGACACCAGAGAUGGAAAUAUCCAUGUUUGCUGCCCGACAUCAUAAGGAGAAAAUGCAUCACCAAUAAUUUAUAUCGAAAAAAUUAAUAAUAUUAGUGAUUUGGUAAAAAAAAAAGGUAUGUUAUUACUACGCUGUUUCCUGCACACGCGGUUACCUUACUAACUAAAUGUAGCAUAAAACAACUUAGUCUAUAUUAUUAUUAUAAUUAAUGUCCAUGUGUAACCAUACAGUAAUAGAUUUAUUAGUGGUCCGUAAUUAUAAUUACAAUCUACAUAACCUCAAGUAGAACAAUUGCAGUAGUACAGCAUUGCAAUAAAGUGCACAUCAGUAAUGAUAAGAAAAUAACACAAUAACAAUACGUAUGUCUUCCCAGUGUGAAUCAAGUGCUGCUGAAUGUUCUUGUAAUGUAACACUGAUGCCUCAAAGUGUAAAUAAUCAUCACUAUCUAUCACUAAAAAAA